GGCGGCGGGAGAGCCGGGCGCCCAAAACUGAGACCCCAUGGGGAACGCAACAAGUCACAGCAGUGAAGACGAAGCGGCAGCCGCCGGGGGCGAGGGCUGGGGCCCGAACCAGGACUGGGCCGCGGACUCGGGUACGACCCCCGGCCCGGGCCUCGCGGCCCCGGCACUACCACCCGCCGCGGCGCUACUGGAACCCGCCAGACUGCGAGAGGCUGCUGCUGCGUUGCGGCCCACACCACCCUGUGAGUCGCUGGUGUCGAGGCACCACGGCGCACUGUUGCGCUGGCUGGAAGAGCGGCUGGGCCGCGGCGAAGAGUCCGUCACCCUGGAGCAGUUCCGGGAGCUGCUGGAGGCUCGCGGCGCCGGCUGCUCUGGAGAGCAGUUCGAGGAGGCUUUUGCCCAGUUUGACGCUGAGGGUGAUGGUGCAGUUGAUGCUGAGAACAUGUUGGAGGCCCUCAAGAAUUCCAGUGGCGCUAAUCUUCAGGGGGAGCUGAGCCAUGUCAUUAGACAGUUACAAGCCUGUUCUCUUGUUCCAGGUUUCAUAGACAUAUUUUCAGAGUCAAAAGAGGGGCUCGGUGUUCACUCAUCAAUGAUACUGCGCUUCCUGCAUCGAAAUCGGAUCUCCAGCAUGGUGAUACCCUACCCGAUGUUGGAGCACUGCAACAACAUGUGUUCCAUGAGGUCUUCUGUUCUGAAGGAGUCUCUGGAUCAACUAGUACAAAAAGAAAAGGAAAGCCCUGGAGAUCUAACUAGAAGCCCAGAGAUGGAUAAACUCAAGUCAGUAGCAAAGUGCUAUGCUUACAUAGAAACAUCCUCCAACUCUGCAGACAUCGACAAGAUGACAAAUGGGGAAACGUCGUCCUACUGGCAGUCAGAUGGCAGUGCCCGCUCACACUGGAUUCGUUUAAAAAUGAAGCCAGAUGUUGUUCUCCGACACCUAUCCAUUGCAGUGGCUGCCACUGACCAGAGCUACAUGCCACAGCAGGUGACAGUAGCUGUGGGGAGGAAUGCCAGCGAUCUUCAGGAGGUCCGAGAUGUACACAUCCCAAGCAACGUCACUGGCUAUGUGACACUGCUGGAAAAUGCCAGCAUCAGUCAGCUCUAUGUCCAGAUUAACAUAAAGCGUUGUCUUAGUGAUGGAUGUGACACUAGAAUUCAUGGUCUGAGGGCUGUUGGCUUUCAGAAAGUUAAGAAGACUGGGGUCUCAGUCUCAGAUGCUUCUGCAAUAUGGUACUGGUCUCUGCUGACAUCUCUUGUGACGGCUUCUAUAGAGACAAAUCCUGCCUUUGUCCAGACAGUGCUGCACAAUACUCAGAAGGCACUACAGCAUAUGCCUCCGCUCUCCCUCUCACCAGGAUCUACAGAUUUCUCCACUUUCCUGUCUCCUAACGUGCUGGAGGAAGUGGACAGUUUCCUUAUAAGGAUAACCAGCUGUUGUUCUACCCCGGAGGUAGAACUGACUCUUCUGGCAUUUGCACUGGCAAGAGGAAGUGUUGCCAAAGUGAUGAGUUCUUUGUGUACCAUCACUGACCACCUGGACACACAGUACGAGGCCUCAGCCCUCAUCUCAUCCAUGGCAUCAGUCAGGCAGAACCUGCUCCUCAAAUAUGGUAAACCUCUCCAGUUGACUCUUCAGGCAUGUGAUGUCAAAGGAAAAGAAGAUAAGUCAGGACCUGAAAACCUCCUUGUUGAACCAUGGACAAGAGAUGGUUUUCUUACAGAGACUGGAAAAACCAGAGCAAGUACUAUUUUUUCUACAGGAACUGAAUCUGCCUUUCAAGUUACACAGAUCAGAAUUAUGGUUCGACGUGGUGGCAUCGGUGCCCAGUGUGGGUUGGUAUUUGCCUAUAAUUCAUCUUCUGAUAAAUUUCAUGCAGAAGAACACUUCAAAAGGUUUGAAAAAUAUGACAAAUGGAAGCUUCAAGAGUUCAGGCAAUUUGUAAAAAGCAGGAUUGGUUGCUCGUCAGAUGACCUUGGAGAGGAUGAUCCUAUUGGCUGGUUUGAGCUGGAAGAAGAGUGGGAUGAAGCAGAUGUCAAGUUGCAACAGUGCAGAGUUGCCAAAUAUUUGAUGGUGAAGUUCCUCUGCACCCGCCAGGAGUCAGCAGAGCGCUUGGGCGUGCAAGGCUUGAGCAUCAGUGGCUACCUCCGGCCUGUAAGAGCAGACGCAGAGCAGAGUGUGGUCUGUGUCCACUGCAGAAAGGAUUCGGAGGAGAGUGUCUGCGGGGCCACACUGCUUCUCAGGACCCUUCAGUUCAUCCAGCAGCUUGCCCAUGACCUGGUGCAGCAGAAGGAAAGUGGCCUAACAUAUAAAUCUUUUCUGGACUUCGUGGGUCUUGAUUUGCAGAUCUUCUGGAAUUUUUACAGCAAAUUAAAGCAAAACCAGAGGGAAGAAUGCGUCCGUGCCCAAACCCUGCUCCUGCAGCUCCUGCAGAGCUGCUUCUCGGUGCUGCAGGAAGAGGUGGCAGCUGCUUCUGAGGGGGAAAAGGCUCCAACCCCGAGCCCCAGAGGAGCAGCGGCUGCCAAGGAGCUCUACACACACUUGUGUGAUGUGGUAGAUAGGGUGGAUGGAGACUCUGUGCCCAUGGAGAUAUUAAAACAAGAAGUUAGGAAUACUCUUCUCCAUGGGGCUGCCAUCUUCUUUCCUGAUCGACAGACCCGGCGAAACCAUCUCUUCACCAUGAUGAAAAAUGUCACUGAGCAGGAGCACAAGCAGUCCCUGCAGCUCACUUUCCGGUCACUAUGCACAUAUUUUAGUGAUAAGGAUCCAAGCGGCCUUCUCCUUUUACCUGAGAAAAACGACCUGGCCAGCAUGAACAUCAGUGAAGUCCUGGCGGUCAUGAACACUCUCCUCUCUGUUGCUGCUCGAGAGUGUGAGCUGUUGAUGCUCAAUGGGGCCAAACGGGAGGCUGGCUCUGUGCUGUUCUCCCUGUUCUGGUCCGUCCAAGGCAGCCUGCUUUCCUGGUGCUACCUGCACCUGAAGGGCACGGAUUGUGGAGCCAAAGAUCUUGCUGUUGAUCUUGUUGAAAAAUAUGUGAGACAGUUUCUGGCAAGCACAAAAGUCAUUUUGGAAUCCCUUUUGUCACAGUAUAGUGGCAAAACCAUAGUAGAAACAUUGUGUAAUUCAGUGUUUUCAAUGGCAGCUCGUCAACUGGUCAUCUUCCUGCUGGACUUUUGCACUUUAGACAUUUCACAUUGCACACUCUUGAGAGAGUUUAGUGCCCUAACAGAACUGCUAAAGAAGCUAUGCAGUGACUGUGAUGGAGGGCUGAACAAGCUGGACGUUGAGACCUGGCAACAGGAGCAGCCCGUGGUAUUACAUACAUGGACUAAGGAAUCUACUCACAACUAUGAAAAUAACUGCCAUGAAGUGUCUGUCUUUGUUAGCCCAGGGGCAACCUAUUUUGAAGUGGAAUUUGAUGAGAGGUGUGAAACUGAAAAAAGGUAUGAUUAUCUGGAAUUUACUGAUGCUAGAGGUGGGAAAACACGCUAUGAUACCAAAGUUGGCACUGAUAAAUGGCCUAAGAAAGUGACCUUUAAAGCUGGUCCUCGGCUGCAGUUCCUUUUUCACUCUGACAGCAGUAACAAUGAGUGGGGCUACAAAUUCACUGUCACAGCCUACGGCUUGCCUGAUGUUGCUGUGUCUUGGGGGUUGGAUUUACAACUCCUUGUCUCCCGGCUAAUGGGACGUCUGGCUUCCCAGUGCAUGGCACUCAAGUCUGUGCAUCAGUUAGGAGGCAACAAGGCAGUGCCUCAGGCAAAAAUGGCUUUAGUCCUAAACUCCCCUUUGUGGAAACCUGUCUUCAGGCAUCAGAUUUGUCCAGAGUUGGAAUUAGAAGCAAGCUGGCCCACUCACCCCCACCAGGACAGUAAGGAGGUUAAGAACAUUCCUGAUGAUCCCUGCUGCCAUUUUCUUCUUGAUUUUGCCCAGUCACAGGCUGCUCAGAACUUCUGUGGGCCAUAUUCAGAACUUUUCAAAGGAUUCAUACAGGCAUGUAGAAAGCAGGCCCCAAAGACAGAUAUAGUUGCUGGUUCCACUAUUGAUCAAGCUGUGAACGCCACCUUUGCUGCUCUGGUGUAUCGCACUCCAGAUUUAUAUGAGAAGCUGCAAAAAUAUGUAAAUAGUGGAGGCAAGAUGGCCUUGAGUGAAGAGUUUGCACAGGUGUAUUCCUUGGCAGAUGGAAUUAGAAUAUGGAUGUUAGAGAUGAAGCAGAAGUCCCUGAUGAGUCUGGACAAUGAAGCAGAAGAAAAACGUGGUUCAGAAUCUACUGAGGCCAACCCUGAGAGCUUGGCAAAAGAGUGUAUUCAAAAGAGUCUUCUACUACUAAAAUUUCUGCCCGCGGGCAUAAGUUCAAAAGAAAGCUGUGACCAGUUGGUGACUGUUGAUGAAACUGAUCAUCUCCAGCUACUUAACAACCAUCAGAGGAUAAGCUGUAUGGUGGAAGAGCAUUUCCAAGCUUCAGCAUCCCCCACUGAAGUGGCACCCUCUCCAGGACACCGGAGUCCUGGCUUGGAUGUUCACCCGAAGCUGCUGCCCAGCAGUGGCCCUUCUGCUGCUGAAGGGUCCUCUGCUACGGUGGAAGAGCCCUUGUCACCUUCUACACCCACCCGGCGGCCUCCCUUUACACGGGGGCGACUUCGGCUGCUCUCCUUCCGAUCCAUGGAGGAGGCCAGACCAGUGCCCACAGUCAAAGAGAAAUAUCUUGUGCUGAAAGACAUCAUGGACUUCAUUAAGGAUCAGUCGCUGUCAAGUGAGAGUGUUGUGAAGGUUCUUGCCUUGAAGAAAGCUCAAGCCCAGAGCAUCCUGGAAGUCCUGAAGAUAAUUCAGUAUUGUGCCGAAUCCCUCGGGCAGCCUCAUUGCUUCCAUCCACCUUUUAUACUUUUCCUAUUGGAACUUCUGACCUGCCAGAAAGAUUUUACCAAUUAUUUUGGACACUUGGAAGGCUGUGGUGCUGAUCUGCACAAAGAAAUUCGAGAUGCUUACUAUCAACUUGUUCUGUUUUUGGUCAAAGCAAUUAAAGGAUUUGGUAGCAUAAAUGACAGGUCCCUGCUGCCUGCCUUAUCCUGUGUUCAGACAGCCCUGCUUCAUCUUUUGGAUAUGGGCUGGGAACCUGGUGACCUUGCCUUCUUUGUUGACAUUCAUUUACCAGAACUCCUCAUGAAAAUGUCACAAGAAAAUAUAAGUGUCCAUGACAGUGUGAUCAGCCAAUGGAGCGAAGAAGAUGAGCUUGCUGAUGCCAAGCAGAACUCAGAAUGGAUGGAAGAGUGUCAGGAUGGCAUGUUUGAGGCCUGGUAUGAAAAAAUAGCCCAGGAAGAUCCAGAGAAGCAGAGGAAAAUGCACAUGUUUAUUGCUCGAUACUGUGACCUGUUAAAUGUGGACAUCUCUUGUGAUGGGUGUGAUGAGAUUGCCCCCUCGCAUCGCUACCGAUGUCUGCAGUGCAAUGACAUGGAUCUCUGCAAAACUUGCUUUCUAGGCGGAGUAAAGCCUGAGGGCCAUGGAGAUGACCAUGAAAUGGUCAACAUGGAGUUUACCUGUGACCACUGCCAGGGUUUGAUCAUAGGCCGGAGGAUACAUUGCAAUGUGUGUUAUGACUUUGAUCUUUGCUUCGGAUGCUAUGCAGCAAAGAAAUUUUCUUGUGGCCAUUUACCUACCCACAGCAUCAGAGCCCACCCUAUGGUGACCAUCCGGAUCAGCGACCGGCAGAAGCUCAUCCAGCCCUACAUCCACAACUACUCCUGGCUACUCUUCGCUGCCCUGGCCCUCUAUAGUGCCCACCUGGCCAGUGCAGAGGACAUGGAUGGGGAGAAACUGGACCCCCAAGUCCGUGGCAGUGCUACCACCCUGCGGAGCCAGUGUAUGCAGCUCGUCGGGGACUGUCUGAUGAAGGCUCACCAGGGCAAAGGUCUUAAAGCUCUAGCACUGCUUGGUAUAUUGCCAGAUGGUGAACCCACCCCAGCAAAUCAGGACCUGCCAGCCACUGUGCCCACCCGAACAUCAGAGGAGCAGCUACAGAAGAAAGCAGUCCAUGAUGCUGGGACACUGUCAGAGGCAGGCCCCUUUGUACACUGCAAUGGAAGGGAAGCUGUUUGUGAGGAGGUCAGACCUUUAGAUCAUAAGCAGAGAAACAAGGCAAAUGAAGGCAUGUCAUUAAUGAAGGAUCCUUCGUGCCAGACCCAAAUUUCAGGUUCGCCUGCAGAUGCUAGCCCACAAACAGGACUUCCAGGUGCUGAAGAUUCAGAAGUGUCAUCUCAGAAUCCAACAGAGGAAAAGGCAGUUACUUCAAGCCCUGAGCAAGUGUUUGCUGAGUGUUCCCAGAAGAGGAUUUUGGGUUUACUAGCAGCCAUGUUACCUCCCUUAAAGUCGGGUCCCACAGUCCCCCUGAUAGACCUGGAGCAUGUCCUCCCACUGAUGUUUCAGGUCGUCAUCUCAAACGCAGGCCACCUGAAUGAGACCUACCACCUCACCCUGGGUCUUCUGGGCCAGUUAAUCCUUCGUCUUUUACCAGCAGAGGUAGAUGGCGCAGUGAUCAAGAUCCUCUCAGCCAAGCACAACCUGUUUGCUGCAGGGGACAGUUCCAUUGUGCCAGAUGGCUGGAAGACCACUCACCUGCUCUUUAGCCUGGGAGCUGUGUGUCUGGACAGCCGGGUGGGCUUGGACUGGGCAUGCUCCAUGGCAGAGAUACUGCGGUCACUCAACAGUUCCCCACUGUGGCGUGAUGUCAUUGCCACCUUCACAGACCACUGUAUCAAGCAGCUGCCUUUCCAGCUGAAGCACACCAACAUCUUCACCCUGCUCGUGCUGGUCGGCUUCCCCCAGGUCCUGUGUGUGGGAACCCGCUAUGUUUAUAUGGAUAAUGCCAAUGAGCCCCAUAACGUGAUCAUCUUGAAACACUUUACUGAGAAGAACAGGGCAGUGAUCGUUGAUGUCAAAUCUCGGAAAAGGAAAACAGUGAAGGACUACCAACUGGUCCAGAAGGGUGGAGGACAAGAAUGUGGUGAUUCUCAGGCACAGCUCAGCCAAUAUUCUCAGCACUUUGCCUUUAUUGCCAGUCACCUUCUGCAAACCAGCAUGGACAGCCAUUGUCCUGAGGCAGUAGAAGCAACUUGGGUCCUGUCCCUGGCCCUCAAAGGGUUAUAUAAGACGCUAAAGGCUCACAGUUUUGAAGAGACCCAUGCUACCUUCCUUCAGACUGACUUGCUCAAGUUGCUGGUGAAAAAGUGUAGCAAAGGGACCGGCUUCAGUAAAACAUGGCUCCUGCGGGACCUGGAGAUUUUGUCCAUCAUGCUGUAUUCCUCAAAAAAGGAGAUCAACACUUGGGCAGAGCACAGAGAUCUCAAGCUGGAUGAGCAAGCAGACCCAGGGGAAGAGGUGGACCGGCCAGUCAGCAGCCCUGAUAACCUGGAGCAGAAAAAGCUAGACCCUCUUGAGGGCCUGGAUGAGCCCACCAGAAUAUGUUUCCUGAUGGCUCACGAUGCCCUCAAUGCUCCUUUGCACAUUCUCCGGGCCAUAUACGAACUGCAGAUGAAAAGGACUGAUUCAUUCUUCCUGGAGGUUCAGAAAAGGUUUGAUGGAGAUGAGCUCACCACAGAUGAAAGGAUACGGUCCCUGGCUCAGAGAUGGCAGCCCAGUAAGAGUCUGAAGGUAGAAGAGCAGAUUGCCAAAGCUGUGGACACAGACAUGAUUAUCUUGCCAUGCUUGUCUCGGCCUGUACACUGCGAACAAGCCACUGCAGAGGUGAACCCCGUGACCCAGAAGCUGAUUUCCAGCACUGAGAGUGAGCUGCAGCAGAGCUACGCCAAGCAGCGCCGUAGCAAGAGCGCUGCCCUCCUACACAAGGAGCUGAACUGCAAGAGUAAGAGAGCCAUCCGGGACUACCUCUUCCGCGUGAACGAGGCCACCUCUGUGCUGUACGCCCGCCAUGUGCUCGCAGCCCUGCUUGCCGAGUGGCCUGGGCAUGUGCCCGUGAGUGAGGACAUCCUGGAGCUCAGUGGUCCUGCCCAUAUGACCUAUAUUUUGGAUAUGUUCAUGCAGCUGGAAGAGAAGCACCAGUGGGAGAAGAUCCUACAGAAAGUGCUCCAGGGCUGCCGAGAGAACAUGCUGGGGACCAUGGCCCUGGCUGCCUGCCAGUUCAUGGAGGAGUCGGGAAUGGAGGUGCAAGUGAGGGAAUCGAAACACCCAUACAACAACAACACCAACUUUGAGGACAAAGUUCACAUUCCUGGUGCCAUCUACCUCUCAAUUAAAUUUGACUCUCAGUGCAACACAGAGGAAGGCUGUGAUGAAUUAGCCAUGUCCAGCAGUAGUGACUUUCAGCAGGAUCGACACAAUUUCAGUGGGUCUCAACAGAAAUGGAAAGACUUUGAACUUCCAGGAGAUACCCUGUACUACCGCUUUACCUCCGACAUGAGCAACACUGAAUGGGGCUACAAAUUCACUGUGACAGCUGGACACCUGGGGCGCUUCCAGACAGGAUUCGAAAUUUUGAAGCAGAUGUUGUCAGAAGAAAGGGUUGUGCCUCACCUCCCAUUGGCAAAAAUUUGGGAAUGGCUGGUGGGCGUGGCCUGUCGCCAGACUGGUCAUCAGCGAUUAAAAGCCAUCCACUUACUCCUGAGGAUUGUGCCGUGCUGCACACACAGUGACCUCUGUGACCUCGCACUGUUGAAGCCCCUGUGGCAGCUUUUUACCCACAUGGAGUACAGCCUGUUUGAGGACAUGACGCAGCCCGGCAUCCUCCUCCCCUUACACCGUGCCCUCACUGAGCUCUUCUUCAUCACCGAGAACCGUGCCCAGGAGCUUGGCGUGCUGCAGGACUACCUGCUGGCCUUAACCACUGACGACCACCUCCUCCGCUGUGCAGCACAGGCUCUGCAGAACAUUGCUGCUAUCAGUGUGGCCAUCAACUACCCAAACAAGGCGACCAGCCUCUGGAAUGUCAAGUGUUAGCCCUUGGUGUGGCGUGCAUGGAACUAGCUAAUCUGUCCACAGGGCUUUUAGAGCAGACAUCUAACCUCAUUCAGGAAAAUUCCUACGGUGUCAGUGCCCAGCUCUCUCUGAGCUCACUUCUACUCCAGUUAGGAAGCCAAGCAAGAAUGUCUCCGGGAACUCCCCGAGAACAGGCUGGACACAAGCACGUGCUGUACAGCGUGUGAGAAUAAGCAAAGCAGUGCGGAGUCGGUUGGGGAGGACAGGCUGGGGGCCUUGAGAAGGUUGUUGAGAGACCAGCCUUCACCAGGGUCUAGACCUGCAGAAGCCACAGGCCCAGGAAGAUGCGGAUGUAGCUUCUCUGGAAAGGUUCUGUCUCAGCUGAGCUGAGACUUCCUGCACUGCAAGGCACAGCCCCCCCUGAGCCACCUCUCUCAGCAAGACCUGCAGCAGCAGUGGCCUGGCAUGGGAGCUCCUCUUCGCUUUUGCUUCUUGUGACUGGUAAUCCAAACAACACCAAAACUGGCGAGAGCCUUCCGGGCCAACACUGACCCCCC